AUGCUUCGAGGAAGCCGUACGGGCCUCGCAAGAGCCGGCGUGGCCGCGUGCCGCCGAUCUAUAGCAGCUGGCGCAAAUGGGGCGACAAACCGGCCGUCCGCCCUCACGAGACACGACCCGCGAUAUCUGGCCCGCAGAUGGUACGCGGUGGACCUCGUUGGUCUGGACAAGAAAUGGCGUCAGGUCUGGGAACAGAACCAGAGCCAGAAGCAGCAGAACCCUGCGAGUGGCGAGCGUCUUGCCACAGCAGCAGAUGGCCAGAAGCACAGCUACAUCUUGCCCAUGUUUCCCUACCCGAGCGGCACCCUCCACCUUGGCCACCUGCGAGUCUACACCAUUGCCGAUGUCGUUGCUCGGUACCACACUCUCAAGGGCAACAAGGUGAUGCUGCCAAUGGGCUGGGAUGCCUUUGGCCUGCCGGCGGAGAAUGCCGCCCUUGAGAGAGGCGUGCCACCCGAGGGCUGGACAAAGAGCAACAUCACCAAGAUGAAGAGUCAACUUGGCUUGAUGAAUGGCAGCUGGGACUGGUCGCGGGAAUUGACGACGUGCGACCCAGAGUUCUACAAGCACACACAGAAGCUGUUUUUGAUGCUCCACGAACGCGGCCUUGCAUAUCAAGCAGAGGCCGAGGUCAACUACGAUCCGGUGGACAAGACAGUGCUGGCUAACGAACAGGUGGAUGCCCACGGAUUCUCAUGGCGAUCGGGCGCCAAGGUUGAGAAACGAAAAUUGAAGCAAUGGUUCUUUCGCAUUUCAGAGUACAGCGAGGAUCUCCUCAAGGGGCUAGAUGACCUGGCCAAGGAUGGCGCUUGGCCCGAGCAUGUCAUCUCACAGCAGAAAAACUGGCUGGGAAAGUCGACGGGCGCUCUGAUCAAGUUCCCGCUCAUCACUUUUGGCCACGAAGUUGAAGCUGCCCUCGAAGUGUUUACGACACGGCCCGACACCUUGUUCGGCGUACAGUAUCUCGCCCUCGCUGCCGACCAUCCCGUGGUGGCUCAGCUGGCACAACGCGAUUCGGAGCUGCAGGCAUUCCUCGACACCCUCCCUGGCCUCCCUCAAGACUCCAAGGUUGGAUACAUGCUGCCCUACAUCCGCGGCAUAAACCCUCUGGCUUUCCACGAGCACACUCCGGAUGCUACCAAAGCAUCGCUGCCCAUCUAUGUGGCACCGUAUGUGUUGGGCGACUACGGCGAAGGAGCCGUCAUGGGUGUGCCCGGCCACGACACGCGAGAUCAUGCCUUUUGGCGAGAGCACAAUGUUGAUGCGCCUGUUCGGAUGGUGCUGAGCGCGUCCGAGGACGAGUCGACUACGGUGUUAGAGAACGAGCCAUACGUAGAGCACGGCAUCAUGACGGAGCACAGCGGCAUCUACAAGGGCAAGCACUCCAAGGAAGCGGGUCAUAUGAUGGUCCGCAUGCUUGAAGAGGCGAAUCUCGCCAAGCCUGUUACCAAGUGGCGGCUAAGAGACUGGCUCAUCAGCCGCCAGCGGUACUGGGGCACCCCCAUACCCAUCAUACACUGCGAUUCCUGCGGUGCUGUCCCUGUGCCAGACGAGCAACUGCCCGUUGUGCUGCCCAAGGUGGACAACCACUGGGCUCAGGGCAAGGCGGGCAAUGCGCUGGAGUCGUCCCCCGAGUUUGUCGAGACCGAGUGUCCCAAGUGCCAUGGCCCCGCUCGCAGAGACACCGAUACCAUGGACACCUUUGUCGACUCGAGCUGGUACUACGCCCGGUUCGCCGACCCUCACAACCCGGAUCAGCUCUUGUCUGCCGAAGCGGCCAAGUCUCUGCCCGUGGACAUUUACAUUGGGGGCGUGGAGCAUGCCAUCCUUCACCUGCUGUACGCCCGCUUCAUCUACAAGUUCCUGGCCACCACGCCUCUCCUUCCCCAGUACUCGGAGGAGGACGCUCUAUCUGCGGAGCCAUUCAAGCGCCUAAUCACCCAAGGCAUGGUCCAUGGCAAGACUUACAUCGAUCCCGAGACGGGCAAGUUCCUCAAGCCGCACGAGGUGGACCUGUCAGACCCCUUGAAGCCCGUAGUCGUGGCCACAGGAGCCCCUGCGACGGUGGCGUUUGAGAAAAUGUCAAAGUCGAAACACAACGGCGUCGACCCGACCGAGUUCACGUCCAAGUACGGCGUCGAUCCCACACGGGCGCACAUGCUCUUCCAGGCACCCGUGGCAGAUGUCCUCAACUGGGACGAGCACAAGAUUGCCGGCGUGACGCGCUGGCUGCAGAAGCUCCACGACCAAGUGGCCGCGCUGGCCAAGUCGCCAGAGGAGUCGGUGCCGGCCAAGGAAUACUUUGCAACGCAAAAGCCGUCGCCGGACGACAAGGCGAAGCUGGCCAAGUGGGAAUCCGAGAUGGCGCUCUGGCGCGAGACGCAGAACAAGAUCGAGUCCGUCACGCGGGGCUACGAAAAGAUCUACCCGCUCAACGUCGUCGUGUCGGACCUCAUGACGCUCACCAACGAGCUCGUCCAGCAGAAGCAGGCAGACCAGGGCAUCAGGAGGCAGACGGCCGACGUCAUCAUCCGCCUCAUGGCGCCCAUCACGCCCGCGUUCGCAGAGGAAUGCUGGAGCCUCCUCCACCCGUCCCGCGGCGGCUCCCUCUUCACGUCGGCCAGCUUCCCCGUGCAGGACGGCAGCCUGCCGAUGCUCCAGGCGGAAAACAUCAAGUGCGCCGUGCAGAUCAACGGCAAGCUGCGGGCUACGGUGACGAUCCCGCGCCCGCCGAGCGACUUGCAGGGCGACGCGCUGCGCGACUGGAUGGUGGAUGCGAUCCUGGCGACGGAGGAGGGGAAGAGCCGGUUUGGCGAGGGUAAGUACAAUGUGCGGCUGGCUAGGAGGACGAUCCCCGUGGACGGGGGAAAGGUGAUCAACUUUGUAAUAUAG